AUGGCUGCCACCUCGGGAUUGUCGACCGCAGUUUCCGUUCCCGCCAAGCUCAGCCACGUGGCAUCCUCCAGCAACGGCAUCUCCGGCACCGCGACCUCCGUCGCUUUCCCCUCCGCGAGGCGGGCGACUCGUGCGGGAUCGAGCGUGGCGGAGGGGCGCGGGAAAUGCCGAUGCUCGACGGCGGAGAUUCUCCACGACGGCGCGCGGGAUCCGCUGCUGCUGCGCGUGGCGCGCGGAGAAGACGCGGAGAGGACGCCCGUGUGGCUCAUGCGCCAGGCCGGGCGCUACAUGAAGGACUUUCGCAAGUUCUCGGACAAGUAUCCGUUCCGCAUGCGGUCGGAGACGGCGGAGAUCGCGAUCGAGCUGACGCUUCAGCCAUGGAAGGCGUUCGGCACAGAUGGCGUGAUCAUGUUCUCCGACAUCCUCACCAUCCUGCCUGCGCUCGGGGUCGAGUUUGAUAUGGUCAAAGGCAAGGGGCCGGUUAUCGCUGAUCCUCUUCGCACGGCUGCGGACCUUCGCGACCUCAAGCCCCUGGAGGACCCGGAUGCGAAGCUGCCGUUCAUCCGGGAGAUUCUCACAUCGCUGCGGCGCGAGCUGGCGGGCAGCGAGGCAACACUGCUGGGGUUUGUGGGCACGCCCUGGACGCUGGCAGCAUACGCCAUCGAGGGGCAGGGCAGCAAGAACCUGCUCGCCACCAAACACAUGAUGCUGCAUGAGCCGGAACUCCUUCACGGCAUCCUGGCUGCCUUAGAAGAUGCACUGGUCGUCUACGUGAGCCACCAGAUCAGCUGUGGGGCGCACAUCGUGCAGCUGUUUGACUCGUGGGCGCACCACCUCACGCCCGCCCAGUUCGCCGAGUUCAGCCUGCCGUACGCCGAGCGCAUCGUGCAGCGCGUGAGGCAGCUGCACCCGCACACGCCGCUCAUCUUCCAUGGGAACGGCGGCACCGGCAAGCUGCACCUGGUGCAGCAGGGGUGCAGUGCAGACGUGGUGGGGCUCGACUGGGGCACUGACAUGGCUGAGGCCCGCCGUGUGUUCGGCAGUGAUACCGUGCUGCAGGGGAACGUGGACCCCAUGGUUCUGUUUGGUCCCGAGGCAUCCAUCAGAGCAGCUGUGGCUGAUUGCUUGAGCAAGGCAGGGGGCAGGAGGCACAUUCUCAAUGUGGGGCAUGGGGUGGUGCAGGGGACUCCUGAAGAAUCUGUGGCACUUUUCUGCAAGCUUGCACAGGAGAGUGGGCGGGCAGCACAAGCACUUGACCUCCAUUCUCCGCCGAACUCCUCCCAGCCACGCCUGACCAGCAAAAAUCACACAAUGGCCGCCGUCGCCUCUUCCUCUGCUGUCCGCGUGGCUGCCGUGUUCGGCGCCAAGAACCAGAAGCUCAAUGCCAAGAGCUUCGCCGGCUCUUCCCUCGCCGUGAAGGCCGCUCCCGCGCGCCUGACCAUGGCCGCGGAGGCCCCCGCCGGCUUCUCCCCCCCGGAGCUGAAGUCCGACACGCCGUCGCCCAUCUUCGGCGGCAGCACCGGCGGUCUUCUCCGCAAGGCUCAGGUCGAGGAGUUCUACGUGAUCACGUGGGAGGCCAAGAAGGAGCAGAUCUUCGAGAUGCCCACCGGCGGUGCCGCCAUCAUGCGCGCGGGUCCCAACCUGCUGAAGCUCGCCAGGAAGGAGCAGUGCCUCGCGCUCGGCACCCAGCUGAGGACAAAGUUCAAGAUUAACUACCAGUUCUACCGCGUGUUCCCCAGCGGCGAGGUGCAGUACCUGCACCCUAAGGACGGCGUGUACCCCGAGAAGGUGAAUGCUGGCCGCGCCAACGCCAACGUGAACCUCCGCUCCAUCGGCAAGAACGUUGAUCCCGCUGUUGUCAAGUUCACCUCGAAGAGGGCUAUCGACUUGUAG